AGCCAGUUCCUCCUCGUCAGUCGUCCAACGGAUUCCGUCGGGUGAACCACGGUCUCGCUCUGCCGAGGAUUUGCGUCUUUUGUAAACACUCGCGUGAACUGGGCCGGACUCAUUUUUCGUUAGUCUGUGCAAGUGUCAGUGCCCUGUGCCAUCCAGCCCUGGAACCUCCUACCCUCCGAGUCACCUUGAGUUUUGGAUAAUUUGCGAUUUCUGGGGCUUUGUGUGAUGGCAUGAUACCUGGCUAGAAAUCGGAAAUACCUCUCUCGACAAGAUGACGGGCCUGGAUUUCCGGCUGCUCGUCUUCAGUGCGUUAUUCCUGGCCGCAUCCGCUUCACAGCUCGAAGGUGGGGAAGAAGAGGAAGUAGUAGAUGAUGAAAAUUACGGACUAGUCGAGGACGGGAUGCAGGAACCGACGAUCCCGUCAUCCGAGGCGCACGACAGUUCCCAGUCGGUCCCUCUUCCCGUGUUUCUCGAGGAGCCGACCGACAUGUACAUAAUCAAAAAUAAGCCGGCAACGUUGCAGUGCCGCGCUGCGCACGCUUUGCAGAUCUUCUUCAAGUGCAACGGCGGGAAGUUGCACACAAAUCCUACACACAUGCUCGACUUCGUCGACCCGCAAACUGGUGUCCGCAACCUCGAAGCUGCCAUCAACAUCACCCGCGACAACGUCGAGGAGUACUUCGCCAAAGAUAAGUUCAAAUGCGAAUGCAUUGCCUGGUCUUCGAGAGGUCACAUUAAAAGUCAACCAGCUUCGAUCGACGUUGCAUGUGAGUUUUUCUUUAUUUUUUCUUAAGAUAAUGGUGCGUAAUUGCCAAU